UUGCGCUGAUGAUGGGAGGCACGUGCUGCUCGUGCAACACAUGUGGUGGCCACCCGUGCGCCCCUGGGCCUGGUACAUAUAGAUAUAGAGCGUCGCCAGUGUCCCGCUGGACUCGCAUCCAACCCGAGACUAGCUAGCUUGCAGUUGCUUCCUCAGCGCCGUCUCGUCUCGAUCCAUUCCCGAGGACUCGGCGGUGGUGCGGCAGGUGCAGUUUCAGAUCAUCAGCCAUGGCUCCGGACGCGGGGUCGUCCCUGCCAGCGGUGCCCUUCGUCGCCGUCCUGGACGCCGGCGGCGGCGGAGCGAGGGCGUGGUCCGGGAACGGCGGCGGCGCUCCGUCGGCGGCGCCGGCCGCGUCGGUGGACGUGCCGGCGCUGUGGAGCGACGAGGGGCGGAUGAAGCGGGAGCUGGUGGCGUGGGCCAGGGCCGUGGCGUCCAUGGCCGUCAGGGAAUCGAUGCACGGUUAAAUCGCCAAGGAAUUCAACAUUUUGUUGGUGGCAGCGGAGGCGCUGAGCGGGUCAAUUUUCGCGACGAAGCAUCAUCGUCCGCCGCGCUGGCGCGGGGGUGCCCCUGCUGCUUAAUUCCCGACCGUGCUUGUUUGCUCGAUCGAUUGCCGAUCGGCUUGUACAUGGUAACAUGGCUUUUUUUUUCUAAAAAAAGGAUGGAAGAGAAUUUGGCCAGAUGAUGUGUAGCAUUUCUUCGUGCCUUUGUUUUUAGCGAGAGGAUAAAUUUGACUACAAACUCGCUGUCAAGCCGCGUUACAGUACAGCCAGUGGCGGAUGUACACCCCGGGCCACCCGUGCCAUGGCCCGGGGUUCGGCCCAAAAAAUUACUGAAGAAGCCCAAAAAAUUACUGAAGAAGAAUAAAUAUACUAUUUCGUGAUGACACUUGUUGUAUGUUUUCUAUCUUUCCAUUAUGUUCUCGUGUAUCUUUUGAACUUCCAUUAUGUUCUCGUGUAUCUUUUGAACUAUGAGUUUGUCGA